UGAUGCUCUCCCAGCCAGGGAGGCCUGGUCUGCGACGUUCGUCGGACUCUUGACCGGGAGGACGUUCAAGCGUUCAAGGCGUUCGUUUGCAAGCUCCCUCGUAGCCUCGCUCGCCGCAGCAACGACUGCUGCGCGUGCUCUGGCAGCACCAGCACCAGUAGUAGCUCAUCGCAAACAAAACGACUGAAACGCUGUAUUUUUGCCACUAUCUUGCUUACAAAAAUAGCACGAGAAGCAAAGGCAAGCGGCCAUUCAAGGCAGCCAGGCUUCGUGACGCGGUCGCGGCGCGGCGCAUCUCUGGCCGGCGCCUACAACCCCUCGGAGCAGUCAUGCGUCUCCUCAGCACGCUAGCACUGCUCAGUGCAGCGCUGCCAGCCACCGCGCUGGCACCCGUCGAGCGCCGCACCCUCCUCAAGGGCGCCGCCGCCGCGUCCACCAUCAGUGCCGCACCCGCGCUGGCCAAAGGCAGCGCGGGCGGCCCAAGCGUCAAGCUCUGCGACGGCACGCAGUUCCCUGUCGUGUCCUUCGGCCUCCAGGUCUACGACGACGAGGCGGCCUACAAGUACACCACACUAGCGCUGGAGUGCGGCUACCGGAACUUCUUCGCCAGCGUUCUAGCCGGCAACCAGAAGGGCUUCGGGAAGGCCGUGCGAGCCUCGGGCAUUCCCCGGGACGAGUUAUAUAUAUGCGGCUCCGUACUAUCGAACAGAGCUAGGGGCGAGGAAGCCGCCUUCCAGUCGACGGGGCGAGGCUGCGACGCGAACUUUAGGGAUCUGAACGUCGGCAAGUUGGAUAUGAUUAUGUUGGAUUACCCAGGGCCGGACGCCGAGUCCAUCCAGGGCCAAUGGCGCGGCUUGGAAGCGAUGCGGAAGGACGGCGGCGUCACGUCCCUCGCGGUGUCGAAUUUCUCGCCCGCGCAGCUGGAUGUCGUGCUGAAGAGUGGUGGUGGCCGGCCGACGGUCAAUCAAUUACCGCUGGGCGUCGGCUACAAGACGAAACAGAACGCGGAGUUACUCCGGGAGAACAAGAAGCGCAACGUAUUGGUGCAGGCCUGGUCUCCUCUCAGAGUGCUGAACUCGGGCGCCUUGAGCGCGUGCGCCGCGGUGGGGAAGCAGUACGGCAAGACGCCCCAACAAAUCGCCCUGAAGUGGAUCCUGGCCAAGGGCGCGACGUACACGUGCCAGACGACGUCCCGCCAGCAUUUUCAGGAGGACAUCGACGUCUUCGACUUCGAGCUGUCGGCGAAGGACCUCGCGUUCCUGGACGGCGAGAACUUAGUUCUGUAA